GACCUGAGCGGGAAUAUGUAACCUGGUACAUAUAAGUAUCGAGAAAAGCGAUCCGCUUCUGGAAGUUAGCUUCUUAUUGUGGCAUGGAAAAUGAUGUCGGACUCAUCAUUGAUAAAUCAGUGCCCACUGCUUCUCCCUCAGAAUAAAGCAAAAACGGUGUAUGAUGGCUUUAUUACUGUUCAGGAGCAAGAUUUCCGUAUAAGGAUCGUACUGCCUUCAGAUCACCAACUUAAGCAUGCAAGUUUUAAAUGUUGCUGGCAACUAAAGGCUUUACUACAGGGUUAUCAAAAUAUCAUAAAACAGAGACUGCUUCAUUGUUCUGAUUUGGCUAGCUUUAUGCUGGAACUGAAGACAGUAUUGGAAAUUGCUUUGAAAAACCAGCAGGCUUUUCUUAUUGCACCUCCUCCACAAUAUUAUUCCCAACUUAUUAAGGACAUAGAAGGCCUAGGAUGGGAUAAGCUUUCACAUAUUUCCACUGAUUUCAGUACAGUCAGACUAAAGGCUGAGGAUGCUUCUGGUCGAGAACACCUAAUUACAGUCAAGCUGCAGACAAAGUAUCCUGAUGAAGUUCCUGUUUGUUCUGCUGACUUACCAGUUCCCUUUAUCUUGUCAUGGUCAUCACAGAGUUGCUUAAAGAACAUUCAUAGCCAGUUUCUGGCAAUGCUGGAAUCCUUAAAGCAGUUUUGGGAUGUAAUGGAUGAAAUAGAUGAACAGACCUGGGUACUUGAGCCUGAGAAACCUACAAGAAGUGCAACAAUGCGACGAAUUGCAAUAGGAAAUAAUGUUUCGCUUAACAUCGAAGUUGAUCCACGGCAUCCCAAAAUGCUCCCGGAAUGUUGUUUUCUUGGAGCAGACCAUGUUGUAGCACCUCUGAGAAAUAUACUGAAUACAAACAUGCACUUAUGGAAUCCAGAUUAUAGCAUACUGCACAAUUUAAAAGAAGUUUUGGAAAUAGAGUUUCCAUUACCAGGCUCCCAGGAAACAUCUAAUUUCAGUAUGGAUUGUGGAAUUUGUUACUCUUAUCGUCUUGAAGCAGCGAUACCAGACCAAGUUUGCAAUGAUCCGCGAUGUGGUCAGCCUUUUCAUCAGACUUGUCUCUAUGAGUGGUUAAGAGGUCUUCCAUCGUGCAGACAAAGCUUCAAUAUUGUUUUUGGAGAGUGUCCAUACUGCAGCAAGCCCAUUACAGUGAAAAUGAAUUCCAAGAAGCUAUGAUCAGGCAUUUUUGCCACUUUCCAGCUGAAGAUGCACAGAGGAGCAUUGUAAUAUUAAUGUCUAUUUUUUUUAUAAGUCAAUAAAGUGUAACUAUUACAAUUGAUAUGAUUAG